GGUUUUUUGAAAGAUCCAUUUUCAGUAUCCUAAUCCCAGAGGCCCAUUUCUCUCACUCCUUUCCCCUAACUCUUUCCUCCGGGACCUAAAGCCAUGGCCGGAAUUUCCUCUUUCUGCAAUUACAGGUGAAGUUCCUUUCUCUGUCAACAUAUAAACACCUCCUAUAGAGACAUUAAUCUUUGUUUGAUACAAAAGUUUCAUCGGUCGCAUUUGUUGAUUAGCUACAAUUGUAUUUUCGUCGAACGAGAAUCUUGUACGGAGUUCAAUUCGAGCGAGGUCCACUGAAAUGGCUGCGGUUUUAAGAAAAACCCAGCAAAUAAGAUCCAUUUUCAGCAAAACGCCCAAAAAUCCAAUCUUUGUGCCCUUCGUUAAACCCUCGCAAAACCCUCAAACCCCAUGUUCUCGAGAACCAUUUUCGACCAAGUCCUCGAAUUUUCCCGAAUACGAGAUGCCUACAGUGACUUGGGGGGCGAUCCAAGGCCGAAAGGAGAAACUCGUGUCCAGGGUCAUAAUUUGUGACUACUUGAAGUCCAUCGGGAUUGUCCCUGAUGAACUAGAGGAGGUUGAGUUGCCCUCCACUGUUGACGUGAUGCGCGAGAGAGUUGAGUUUUUGCAGAAAAUAGGGCUUACCAUAGACGAUAUUAAUGAGUACCCUUUGAUGCUAGGUUGUAGUGUGCGCAAGAACAUGAUUCCGGUGUUGGGUUACUUGGAAAAGAUUGGUAUUCCGAGGGCGAGGAUGGGAGAGUUCGUGAAGAAUUAUCCGCAAUGCCUCCACGCUAGUGUUGUUGUGGAGCUUGUGCCGGUUGUGAAGUUCUUGCGGGGGCUUGAUGUGGAGAAACAAGAUAUUGGUUAUGUGUUGAUGAAGUAUCCGGAGUUGUUAGGAUUUAAGCUUGAGGGGACGAUGAGUACGUCGGUUGCCUACUUGGUUAGCAUAGGGGUUAAUCCUAGGGACAUUGGUCCGAUGAUAACUCAGUAUCCGUAUAUCUUGGGAAUGAGAGUUGGGACGAUGAUAAAGCCGUUGGUGGACUAUUUGGUCUCAUUAGGCUUGCCUAAGAAGAUUUUGGCAAGAAUGUUUGAGAAACGGGCAUAUAUUCUUGGUUAUAAUCUUGAAGAGACAGUGAGACCAAAUGUGGAUUGCUUGAUCAGUUUUGGAAUUAGGGAGGAAACUCUUGCUUCUGUUAUUGCACAGUAUCCACAAAUUCUUGGAGUGCCGUUGAAGGCUAAGCUGUCCUCGCAACAAUACUUUUUCGGCUUGAAGCUCAAGAUCGAUCCCGAUGGAUUUGCUCGUGUUAUUGAGAGAAUGCCACAGAUUGUUAGUCUCAACCAGAAUGUGAUCAUGAAACCAGUUGAUUUCCUUCUCGUACGGUUGCUUUGUAGGAAUGUCUGUUUGUCAAAUUAUACUGUAUUUGUCUCUGAUUUACAAUGGCAUAAAUCUUUCAUUACUGUCUUCUCCAAUGAAUAUUCAGUUCACUUAGCUUAUGCAUGACUCAUUAGCUCUCU